UGUUGUGAUAAUGCAACUUUAUAUUUUUUUUACGUGUUUUUGCCUCAUUAUCUGAUUCUCGCAAUACAAAAUUAAACGUGUGUAAAGUCGCGAUCGCGACAACGCUUAGGUAGUACAGGUAUACUUUCCUAUAUUGCCAUCCGCGAUUCGAUUUGACGUUUAACCUCCGUUUGUUUUGUUUACGAACUUUCUCUAUAAUACACCUGUUUACAUAGUUAUCUACAGUACUUACAUGGCAAAGCCAUCGGAAGCUCUUCUGGCUGCGAAGCGAGAGGCGCAGCAUAAAAAAGCGUUGGGAAAGAGAAACAGUAACACUAUAAUUGUCGAUAUUUACCAAAAAGCUAUUGAUUCCAAAAAAAUGGUUCGCAACGAUACCGGCUUGGUGUUCGAUCGUUCCAUGGCCGAGCAUCAAUGCUUGUGGGACGACAAAUAUCCAGAGUGUCCGGAGAGGCUGGUCAGAGUUCUUGAGAGGUGCGAGGAGCUAAAUUUGAUUCAGCGGUGUAAAUACAUCGAGCCUCGUAAUGCCGAGUACAGUGAAUUGUUGCUGAAACACUCCCCGGUGCACAUAGAAACGCUAAAAUCUACUGAUAACUGCCAAGACGUGGAUAAAUUGGAAAAACUUGCGUCCAAGUACGAUGCCGUUUACUUUCAUCCCAAAACGUAUCAGUUGUCUUUGCUGGCUACCGGAUCGACAAUCAAUUUGAUUGAGAACAUAUGUAAAGGCAUAGUACAAAAUGGAAUGGCCAUUAUACGGCCACCUGGCCACCAUGCCAUGAAAUCGGAGUAUUGUGGGUAUUGUUUUUUCAACAACGUCGCCGUAGCGGCUGAAGUGGCGUUGAAAAACAAUUUGGUCAAAAAAAUAUUGAUCGUGGAUUGGGACGUGCAUCACGGGCAAGCCACUCAGCAAAUGUUUUACAAUGACGCGAGAGUCGUGUAUUUUUCGAUACAUCGCUACGAAAACGGCGAGUUUUGGCCUAACUUGAGGGAAUCUGAUUACCAUUACGUUGGCGAAGGAGCAGGAGAAGGAUACAAUUUCAAUGUUCCUCUGAACAAAACUGGUAUGACGAACGCCGACUACUUGGCGAUAUUCCAACAAGUUUUGCUCCCAAUGGCCUACGAAUUUCAACCAGAUCUCAUCAUAGUCUCGGCUGGUUAUGAUGCAGCUCUCGGUUGUCCAGAGGGAUUAAUGAACAUUACGCCAGCCUGUUACGCUCAUUUGUUAUCUUCACUCAUGAGCCUUGCUGGUGGAAAAGUCGCAGUGAUUUUGGAGGGUGGCUACUGUCUUAAAUCGCUCGCGGAAAGUGCUGCCCUCACGCUUAGAACACUGUUAGGCGAUCCAUGUCCUAUGAUGCAAUCUUUGGAGCCAGUUUGCCAAAGCAUCCAAGAGACUAUAUUAAACGUAAUUUAUGCUCAUAGAGCUUAUUGGAAAUGUUAUCAGUACCAAGAUUCUUACAGUAUUGAUAAAACGUCGUCUAUCAACAAGAAAGAUAAGCACUUACCCACUGUUUCCUUCAACGGACCAGAAACUUUUCCAACUGUCUAUGAAACUCGAAACUGCUAUCCUGUACAGAGCAACGCCGUAAUACGAGAAAUUAAUCGAAAAUUGGAUGAGCUUAUAAAAAUAACGAAUCUCAAAAAGGCUCCAAACAGAGUAUGCGUUGUCUACGACGAGAGAAUGUUGAAACAUUACAACGUGGUGGAUGAAACUCAUCCCGAGAAGCCAGGCAGGAUUUCGAGUAUUUUUUCCAAGCACAAAGAUUACGAGUUGCUCGAUCGCUGCCUGCUACUGCAAGGAAGAGUCGCCAGUGAGGAGGAAAUCUUAUUGGCGCACGAUCCGGAGUACGUGAACAGUAUUAAAAAGACCGCUCAAACGAAACUGAAAGAACUGGUGGGUUUGUCCUCAAAGAUGAACUCUGUGUACUUGCAUCCCGAAACGUGGAACAGCGCUACGGUUGCAGCCGGUUCUCUGCUGCAAGUGGUCGACAGCGUUUUGAAUGGAGACAGCCAGAGCGGGGUGGCGAUGGUCAGACCUCCUGGACAUCACGCCGAGCCGGACGCGGCUUGCGGCUUUUGCAUUUUCAAUAACAUCGCGAUCGCCGCCAAGUACGCGGUCUCGUUCCAUCAAUUAAAACGGGUCUUGGUCGUCGAUUGGGAUAUUCAUCACGGAAACGGCACGCAAUCAAUUUUAUACGACGACCCAAAAGUACUGUACGUAUCGUUGCACCGUUACGACAACGGUAGCUUUUUUCCCCACUCAAAAUCAGCUGACUAUUCUGUAGUCGGUGAGGGCCGAGGAGAAGGAUACAACGUGAACAUCCCGUGGAACAAGAAAGGUAUGGGCGAUGCCGAAUACGUAGCAGCUUUUCAACACGUCGUCAUGCCAAUAGCUUAUCAGUACAAUCCGGAGCUGGUACUAGUGUCGGCAGGCUUCGACGCUUGUAUCGGAGAUCCCUUGGGUGGCUGCAAAGUAAGUCCCGAAAUGUUUGGCCACAUGACUUUCUGGCUGUCUUCGCUGGCAAACGGACGUAUCAUACUCAGCUUGGAGGGCGGUUACAACGUCAAUUCCAUCGGACACGCCAUGAGCAUGUGCUCGAAAGCACUGCUGGGCGACCCCUUGGUACCAUUGGAAGCGAAUUUGAGCCCUUGCUCGAGCGCAGUUACCUCAAUAAUGAACGUUCUCCGAGCGCACAAGCGCUACUGGCCGAAUUUGGUUUUUCAAAAGUCACUGCCCCAAGAAAACGUUCUUCCUAAAGCCAAAAUCCCACGUGCCAAGCCUACCGAGCGAUUGCUCUCGGAUUUCCUUGAAAAGCAACAUUCACCGGCAAACGACCAACUUCCCGUUCAAGUGGACCGUUUGAACAUCCACGAUGACGAUAGUGAAAAAAUGAGCGAGCCACGUCACGCGCCCUGUGACAAUGACGAUCCCAAUAAUGAUAAAUCAAAAACUGAACCGGACAAUAGCGCAGCGAGUAGUAGCAAUGAUGCUGGCGAACAAGGGUCAGCUCAAGCUGGAUCUUCACAAAGUAGUACAAACAACGCAACGCUGCAGGAUUACUUGAAAGAUAACUUGCAGGCGUUACUCGACGAGGACAUGUUUGCAGUCGUACCCCUUCAAGACUGUCCGCAUCUGAGUUCAGUGGCUCCUGUUCCGGAAGCCGGGAUCGACAUUCAAGCCCCGUGCGUCGAAUGCGACAGUACCCUCGAAAACUGGGUAUGUCUCGAGUGUUACACGAUUCACUGCGCUCGCAACGUUAGACAGCACGCGCUACUGCACGAACGCUCGUCACGGCAUCCUCUUACGCUAAGUUUUACCGACCUUUCGGUUUGGUGUUACGCUUGCGAGGCUUAUAUCGACAAUCCUAUUUUGUAUGCUGCGAGAAAUGCUGUUCACCAAAAAAAAUUUAAUACCGAAUUACCAUGGACCUAUUCAGAAAGUACUGAAAUUCAAGUACUUGAAGCUCUUAAUAAAUGAUCAGAGUAUCCGUGAUUACCUUGUUUUGUAAAAAAAAAAAACAAAAAACAAAAAACAAAAAAAAAGACAUUAUAGAUGUUGAACAUAAACGAGGCAUUAUAAUAAAUAUACAAUUAACAAUAUUAAUAUUAUUAUGUAGAGUUUAUUUAAUUAUUUACAUAAAAUAUCAAAAAUUUUGUAAAUCAGCGAAUUUAUAUUGUAUAGAACGUCAGAGUGAAGAUUAAAAUAUCGAUUGCAAACAAAAAUGUUUUGCAUAUAAUUUGUUCUGCGGACGCUCGAAAGUUAACUAAUACAAAAAAAAAACAGUAAUAUAUUAUAAGAAUGCCUAAGAAACUUAAUUUUAUAUUUACAUAAAAAAUACUGCUAUGUAACUUGCAAUAACGUCAAGUUUUUAUGACAAAUUAAACAAACGUACUAAAAGAGAUACAUUAUUUUAUACAAAUUUGAUCCUUGAUUCAAAUUACCAUUUUUUAAAAUAUUUUCAUACUAAACCAAGUGGUAACUGUCGAUUUAUCACGAGUAUAAUAGUAACUACAUGCAGUCUAUUUAAUUAUUUGUUUACUUUUGCUACCCUGUAAGGAACUAAUAAUUCGAUGAGCAUUAAUAUCACAAAAAUAAAAAUUCCGAAUUUGAAAUUUGCAUUGAUUGAUGCGCGUUGAUUUUUUCUUCAUCACUUUGAUCCAUCCAUUUUUUUUAGUUAAUAAGGCCACGCUAAUUUUUGCACAUACAUCCAUGAUAAAAGA